UGGACUCAGAGUCUGCUUGUCAUCCGACAUCCCGAACGUAUCAGACGAAGUUCCGCUCACAGUUUUAAGGACGGCUACUCAGAGCUAUGCAUCUUAACUCUUCUUCUCAAAUAUCUCAACCCACACCAGUACUUUGAACGCUAAUCGCUCCACCAUGUUCGAGAAGUUUACAAAUAAAAUUGUCCACUCAUUAUUGGGCUCAGACGACGAGGCCGAGCGUCAGUCUAUGGAUAGACAAACGGUGGGUCGUCAUAUGUUCGCCGAUCGCAGCCUUCUUAUGCUCAGUUGUGGCUAGGCUUACAUCGAGCCUGAUGGUGCCUACAUUCGUCCUGACAUUGAUAGUCACUGGGCGUUUGCAAUGGCAGACACAAUUCAAGUUCUAGGUUGUGUCUGUAUCUGGUGUAGGAGAAAUAGCGAAUCGGAUGGUGACUUGCAGGUGGAAAGGGGACAACCGAGUCAAUCUCCACACCCUCACAUCCGCCCAUGGAAGGUGUGCGAUUCGCCAAUGGCUACUACAAGUGAGGUUUUGGAGGUGCUGUAUCCUCUAUCAUAUCUUGACACCCCUACGGCUCUCGACCCCGAGGCUAGUCCUCCCGCUUACGAGCUGCGACCCACAGUACCUCCAAAUACUCCGCGAGACCAAUUGCCCCCGACUCCUUCCCGAGAUGGCAUGGAUCUCAUCCCUUUUAUCCCUCGUCCUCCGCAACUCACUCCUUCCACGGAUCCUGUGUCAUCUUACCACUUGUCCGAUACUCCUCUUGACAUCGCUGUUCCAAGCUCACAAUCUUCUCGUCGACCAUCAACAGGGAUUGCGCGGCAACCAAUCACUGGGAAUUUACUGGAGUCUCAUGAAGAAGUUGAUAAUGUCGAGCUUCCGGCAUACAGUCAGUUCGAUUCUUCACGGCCCCAGUUCCCAGCUGCUUCUGACAUCCUGGGACCAUACCCGCAUAUCUCGAUGCUUCCCCCGAAUCUUGGGUGAUCUAGGGGGGUUUGAUAUUACAUUAUUCUAGAACGAGGAUUUGUUGUAUCAAAAAUAUAUUCCAUGUAUCCGUAGCUUUGCAAUGUUAUGUAGACUGGUCGACCCCCUA